UCUUUGGAUUCCAGUGAGAGGGACUUCUGGGUGGAAGAAGGUUUCCAGAGAAGAUUAUCUUUGCUCAAUUUGCUUUUACAAUUAUGGAGAGUAACCCUUACUUCAGCAGUCAACAAGUGCUUUGCAAAGAUGUUGAGCUGGGGAAAGAGAAGGAAAGAAAGGCCAGGUAUCGUGCUUACCAGUGUGCCGCCAUCAUCCUGAGUGUGGUAUUCCUGAUAUUGGCCCUCUGUAUCUUCAGUCUGAGAUAUACAUGGAGUCCAAACCCUGGGAAGGUAUAUGAUCAUCAGUAUAAAGCCGUACUGGAUGGAAUGGAGACUGAGAGCAUGAUGGAAAUCUAUCCAGCGAAACGCAUCGAGAUGUUCAGGAUGGGAAACGGCACUGACGAGGUCCUGGAGGUGCAUGACUUCAAAAAUGGCAUCACGGGCAUUCGUUUUGCCAAGCACCAGAGAUGCUACAUCAGGGCUCAAACCAAGGAGCUGCCCAAGCUGGACUCAAAGACCAUCGACAUAGAGGUGAGUGAGACAGGUGAAGUGGAUAUGCAGAUGGUGGACUCUCAGAUAUGGAUCCCUGCUGAAGAACCAGUCUCCAACAAAACAUUCCUGUUGAAUUCCAAGAUCUGGGAGAUUUGCCAAGAUCUGCCCAUCCACUGGAUCCACCCAUCUCCUCUCAGAGAUGCUGAAUUCCACGAUGUAGAGGACGUGGAGGAGACCCCAGAGCUGGAGGCGAGAGGUCCACGUCAGGCCCGGGACGUCAUGGACCAGUUACCAGUGAACGACUAUAGAGAAGCGGGGAUGGAGCUGGACAACAGCCUAGAUGAGCAGGGCUACUGCUGCCAGUACUGUCGUCGGGGGUACCGUUACUGUCGGCGAUACUACGAGCCCCUUGGCGGCUUUUGGCCGUAUCCCUACUAUUACCAGGGAGGACGGGUCAUCUGUCAGAUUGUCAUGCCCUGCAACUGGUGGAUAGCAAGAAUGCUGGGACGAAUUUGAGGAUGCCGGUGGGAACCAGUGGUGCUAUGCUGCUCAGGGGUACGCGUAGACCAGUUUCAUUUGUACGAAAUGUCACAUAUACGCUCAAAACCUUUUCCAUUCCUUGUGUAAAAAAAAUCUUUUCAAAUAAGGCAAAACAUUAGCUCAUCCUCAGUGACCGCGUCACUGUCAUAAUUAUUUUUUUUUAUAUUAUAUAUGGGUAAGUUGAUGGAUAACCAUCAACAUCAAGAUUUUAAGUUAAACUGAUUAUAAAUGCAUAAGGGAGUUUAACUUGUGGUACUUCAAAUUAAUUUUUAAUAGUACAAAAAUAUUCCAUCUCAGACUAUUUUCAACAGCAUUUUGCUUGUAAUUAUUAUGCACGCCAUUUUUAUGACCAUAUUAAUUUGAAACCACAUGGAAUAUUAGCCUCUCAAUUAAUAUGGUUAAAAAACUGUUAUUAUACAAUUAACUGUUUAAAACAGUGCUAGAUGGAGUCUCAUGUCAAUGGAGGAAGUAUUUCAUGUCAACUACCCAUAUAUGUACAUGGCUGCUUUCUGUAAGACUUAUCCUUUUCAAUCCUUUUAUCUGUCCUUGACCUGAUGUUGAUACUGUAAGUAGAACAGAAACAGGUGCUUUGGAAAUGGUCAGUUACUGUAGUCUACAUAUUCCAUGCAGACCUUUCAAAACAAUAGUGUAGGCGAGACAUUGUGAUUUAAUUUGAUUUAAUUAACAAGGAUUUCAUUUGAUUUUGUUUGUUUGCGCAUGAAGUUCUGCAUGACAUGACUGUUUCCAUGGGCCCUUUGUUUGUCAUGUUUAUAGUGGAUGAGAGGCAUUAUAAGAAACCAGGUUAACAAAUAAAUUCACAGUAAUUUGCAUGUUUAUAUUAUUAACUAUUGUGUUUAAUGUAUUUACGCUUAAGCAAGUCCCUGUAGAACUUUGAAAAUUAGCUUUUUUAAAAGCUGUUAUGUGAAUUUAGUGCGGUGUAGGACUACACUGUACACAUAUCACGCGGCUAUAUUUAAGUAGUGACAUUGCUAGCACCAUAAUUGCAGGUCUGGGACUGUUUCAAUCAAUUCUUUCAUCCAAGCAAAUGCGUGCUCUAUAAAUUGCAUUUACAUAAUCGAAUGCUCUUUUGUGUUUUUCCAGCAACUUCCUUCUGAAUAAAACUGGUAAAAGUUUUAUAGUCUGCUACUAAUUUACUGCUGCAUAUAAACAUGUGCUAAGGGGACCGAAAAAGUGCAUUAAAUGUAUGCCUUCAAA